AUGGGUGACUUCUCACCUCCACCAUAUCAGCUCCUCUCCGAGGCAAUUAUAUUCUGGAGCGUCGCAAUCGUGCUAUACAUUGGAAGGAUAGUUUCCCGUGUCAUCGCAACCGGUUCGAUCAAGCGCCUGUAUUUUGAGGACUAUGUGAUGAGCCUCAAUUUUUUGAUCUAUACAACCUUGCUGGUUUUGAUUCAAGUCUCCGCCCGCUAUGCGUCCAACCUCGUCGAUCCGGCACAAUACGAUGAGAUUAUGUCCAACCCACAAGAAGUGCGUGAUCGUAUCUUUGGGAGCAAGAUCGUCAUUGGCCUCGAGCAGUGCAUGUUAUUCUCCACCUGGGGGGUCAAGAUCUGCAUGUUGACCAUGUUCUGGCGGCUCACCCAGAAUUUCCGGCUGUUGCGGAUGUAUGUCAAUCUGAUAGCCGCCUUCAUCGCCGUCGGCUUCCUCGUUAUCAUGGUCACGUACUAUGCCGUCUAUUGCCGGCCAUUCUCACAGUACUGGGCCAUGCCGGUACAGGACAUGCAAUGCGCGACCUACCAGUACUACUCCAUCACCCAGGCAGUCUUCAACGUUUCCUCCGAUGCUGCCAUGCUCGCGCUGCCAUUUCCUCUGCUGCGGAAGGCCCAGAUGAGGAGGGGAAAGAAAAUCAUGCUGGCGGGCGUCAUGAGCUUAGGCGUCUUCACCAUCGCCGCUGCGAUUCUCAACAAAGUCUUCAAUUUCGCCUCUCCCUUGACGACCACAUAUCAAAUUUGGUAUAUACGGGAGGCGAGCACUGCGAUCUAUGUCGCGAAUAUGCCUCAAACUCACCCCGACGCAACAGAAGUGAGACGCAUGAAGACAUCAAAUCUCGAGAAUCCAUCUAUGUGCUAUGCGAAAGCAAAUUGCCACUCCCUCUGA